AAGCAUCUGUCUCCUUAUUUAAAAGGCUGCGAAAAUAAUUUCCUUCAGGAUUCGCUUCUUCUUUCUUCGAAAGUGUGAAACCCUUCAUCGUAUACAGACCUCGCAAGGUUUCUUGUUCGUAUUCUGGAAAUUUAUGGCUUCAAAGCGGAUUCUUAAAGAGCUCAAGGAUUUACAGAAGGAUCCUCCUACUUCUUGCAGCGCUGGUCCUGUGGCUGAAGAUAUGUUUCAUUGGCAAGCAACUAUCAUGGGACCUACUGACUCUCCAUACUCUGGAGGUGUAUUCUUAGUUUCUAUCCAUUUUCCUCCGGACUAUCCUUUCAAGCCUCCAAAGGUGGCUUUUAGGACUAAGGUGUUCCACCCGAACAUUAAUAGCAAUGGUAGCAUCUGUCUGGACAUUCUUAAGGAACAGUGGAGCCCUGCGCUAACUAUUUCCAAGGUGCUUUUGUCCAUAUGCUCACUACUAACCGACCCCAACCCGGAUGAUCCUCUCGUUCCCGAAAUUGCUCACAUGUACAAGACUGAUAGAGCCAAGUAUGAAGGUACUGCACGCAGCUGGACUCAGAAGUAUGCUAUGGGAUAAUGGACUACAACCUCAACCAUUUCUUGAAGAAAGAAGUGUCCUUGAAUCUUGUUUCCAUGAAAAAGUGAAAGAAACGAAAGCCUGUGUGUUCCUAAAACUUGAAUUUUUUUAAGAGCUUAACUUUGAUUGUGAAUAUUGAUUUGAAGAAAUUAUAUUAUCUUAUUCUAUAUUCUCUAA